GAAGGGGCGCAAAUCUGCCAACGCGCCUGCGCGAGCGGCGUGCCCCGGAAGCAGUUCUUUGGCCCUGUGACACGUAGCAACGGAGUCAAUUCAGAGUCUGAACUGGUGUUGGGGGGUUUCGGGGGGUCGCAGGAGCUGCUGCCGCCGCUGCCGCGUUUGAUCCUUUGCGAUGGCAGGCUUUGAGAACUUAAACACGGAUUUCUACCAGACCAGUUACAGCAUCGAUGACCAGUCACAACAGUCCUAUGAUUACGGAGGAAGUGGAGGACCCUAUAGCAAACAGUAUGCUGGCUAUGACUACUCGCAGCAAGGCCGAUUUGUCCCUCCAGAGAUGAUGCAGCCACAACAGCCAUACACCGGGCAGAUUUUUCAGCCAACUCAGGCAUACACUCCAACAACACCUCAGCCAUUCUAUGGAAACAAUUUUGAAGAUGAGCCACCCUUAUUAGAAGAAUUAGGUAUCAAUUUUGACCACAUCUGGCAAAAAACACUAACAGUGUUACAUCCGUUAAAAGUAGCAGAUGGCAGCAUCAUGAAUGAGACUGAUUUGGCAGGACCAAUGGUUUUUUGCCUUGCCUUUGGAGCCACGUUGUUACUGGCUGGCAAAAUCCAGUUUGGCUAUGUAUAUGGGAUCAGUGCAAUUGGAUGUCUAGGAAUGUUUUGUUUACUAAAUUUAAUGAGUAUGACAGGUGUUUCAUUUGGGUGUGUGGCAAGUGUCCUUGGAUAUUGUCUUCUUCCCAUGAUCCUACUUUCCAGCUUUGCAGUGAUAUUUUCUUUGCAAGGAAUGGUAGGAAUCAUUCUCACUGCUGGAAUCAUUGGAUGGUGUAGUUUUUCUGCUUCCAAAAUUUUUAUUUCUGCAUUAGCCAUGGAAGGACAGCAACUUCUAGUAGCAUAUCCUUGUGCUUUGUUAUAUGGAGUCUUUGCCCUAAUUUCUGUUUUUUGAACUGAAUUUAUCUGGCAUGUGGACAUCAUUGGGCCAAAAAGGACUUUGAACUCUUAAAUUGGACCAGCAAACUGCUACAGUGCAACUCUCAUGCAGACCUAAUAUUUGAUUAUUGGAGCAAUGGAAGUAAACAUGUAUCUUUUGUUCAUUUUUAUAGAACUUUUGAAUACUAUGUUGGAUUUAUCUGCAGUAUGACUAGCUUUAAGUGUUUGUGCUUAUACAAAUAAGUGCUAUUUCUCUCCUGUUCCUGCAGCCUUUAAAAAACAAAUUUUUUUCCUUGCAAAUUAUAUUAAGAUGUUUUUAAUAGAUUUUUAUCAACUGUGGGAAACUAACCACAGAGCUAAUACUCUUUCUUAGAAACAACCCAUAGUUAAGAAGACACAAGACUUACUGCAGAAAUAUUUUUCCAAGGGAUUAAGAGAGAAAAAUUGCCUAUAUUCUUGAGUUAGAUGCACUUGAAGCAAAAAAAGUGAUCCCAAAGUAGAGUUUUAUGAGUUUGCGCUUCAAAAAUUUAACAUUCCUUUAAAUUAUCUUAGGGAGUUUUUGCUAAGAUUCAAUGAGAGAAGCCCAUAGUCUACUUUAUUGUAGAUAGGAAAUGUGCACACCUGUUGAGAUUAGCAUUAACUAACUAAACCAUAGUGACCCAGACUGGCCACAUUAAUGUUCAUAGUUGGGAUUCCAUAUUUCCUAGGAAAAAGAAAAUCACUAACCUUUUUUUGAGAAAAAUAUUUAAAAUGUCACAAUUCAGUACUGCAGUUAUCAAUGUAAAAUGCAUUUGAUGCUUAGUAAUUAAAAUUUUCCCGAUUUUAUCUGCUGUCGAGUUGACUUUGCUGUUUUCGGUAUUGCAUUUUCUUUAACAAGGUUCUGGUUUUAACUUGUAUUCCUAAUUUAUCCUAAGCUUUAGGAACAGAAAUCAUUUAGUAUGAAAUCAGAAAAAAGGUCUUAAGUGGAAGGCAAUUUACUUUGAGUUACAACAUUAUUUCCUUGUAUUAAACUUAUUUGGCUAAUAUCGUGCUAUCUUGCCAGAGAAUCUCUAGGAAAAUGCUGCAUCUUGUAUUUUGAUCAUUGGGUUUUUCUGAAAAAACAACUCUGAUUUUGGAUGAGUCCAGUUAUAGUUAUGAGAAAGGUGCCCUGGGAGGAGGAAAAUGUUGCCUUCUUUAGAAAAGGGGACUUUACACAUUUCUUAUAAGAUCAUAAUUUCUAAUCUCUGGAAUCAUGUAAAUUUGCUUUUCUUCAUUAAUACUUAAUCUUCUGGAGGAAUAUUCUCACUAGCAGUUCAUUUCUGGCUGGGUUUUCAACCUCACCAAAGUGUUUUAGAAUAUUUUUUAUUGUAAUCUAUGGAUAGUAUCUUUUUUGCCUUUUUCAUUUCAUUUUGUAAAUACACAGUAACCCUGUUAAGGCAGAUGUAAUGAGUGCCUUCUGUUAAUACCCAGUUUUUCCUAACAAAUAGGGUCGAUGAUUCUUUGCGAAAUAAAUUUUCCCACUGUUA